AUUCAGGUCUCACGUUAUUUCGACAGUGGAUUAAAAUCUCUUUGCUUUGACGGCCAUUUUCGAGGUCUUCAAGACGGGAUUUGGUUGGUGAUGUCAUGUCCUCCCGUCUGAAUUCUUUCCGGUGUUUGAACCAAAAUGACAGCUGUGACCAUUAGGUGGAGCCAAACACGCAAACUAUGUACAGAAUGCACACGAAUGUCCAGAAACUGGUGCAUUCAAGGACCAGAGUGUAAACACACAGUUACUGGACCAGCACACACACAACACCUUCAGCUCUGCACUUAACAAGAAGUUAAUCUGAAACAGCUCACAGCUGAGACAGCAGCUCUUGACAGGAUGAAGGCCGUGAUUGUGUUGCUCGUACCUCUACUGCUUCCCUUGGUCUCUGCUCAGACAUUUCGUUGGGGCCCCUGCCCAACACCAAUGGUCCAGCCAAACUUUGAAUUAAACAAGUACCUUGGAAAGUGGUAUGAGAUCGAAAAGCUCCCAGCAUCCUUUGAGAAAGGCAAGUGCAUUGAGGCAAACUACGUGCUAAGACCUGACAACACUGUCCAAGUUGUCAAUGUUCAGACAUAUAAAGGAAAAAUAAGGAAAGCAGAGGGCACAGCAAUCACUGAGGACCCGAGGGAGCCAGCCAAGCUUGGAGUCAGUUUCUCCUACUUCACUCCAUACGCACCAUACUGGGUGCUGUCUACUGACUACAACAGCAUUGCGCUUGUUUAUUCAUGCACUGAUGUUCUCCGGCUCUUCCAUGUGGACUAUGCCUGGAUCCUGUCACGCUCACGCAUUCUGCCCGCGGAGGCCAUCUACCAUGCCAAAGAGAUCUUCUCACGUGACAACAUCGACGUCAGCAAAAUGCUUCCCACAGAUCAGCAAGGAUGCGAUAGUCCUCUUUAAACAGUGAAGACUGAAAUAUAUAUUUUUGGUAUCUAUCACUAUUAUGGGUGAAAACGGUUUAAGUUAUCAUUAUAAAAUUACUCUUGCAUAAAACUGUUUGAACCCAGCCAGCACAUAAUAUAGUCUAAUGUGUAUACUUAUGCUGUACAUCUUAAAAAAUAAUCAAUAAAAUGCAUUAUCCUUUACUUGUUAAGAUUUUGUUUAUGGAGCAUUCCUGAGACAUUAUUUUAUUAAACAGGUGUUUAUUUU